AAUAAUAAUGCAAUUUCGUUUAGGUACGCUAUCACACGUUCCUUGGUUCGUUCACCAGCCCUUCGCCAAGGCCUCCAAAUGGCCCAGGCUCAAAAUCUUAGAGAAGUUUCGAUGAAAGUGGUACCUGCUGCCUCAACAGUCAAAAAUGAAACUUUCUUCGAUAAGAACAAUCGCCUGCAACGUGAAAUGUCUCCCCAUUUGACAAUUUACAAGCCCCAAUUGACCUCCAUGUUGUCCAUUACCCACCGUGGUACUGGUAUCGCUCUUACAGCUGGUGUUUGGGCUUUGGGUUUGGCUGCUCUUACCUCACCCCAAGACAUUGCCAACUAUGCUUCGGUCAUCGAAGGCUUGCAAUUGAGCGCUGGCACUUUGACUGCCUUGAAAUUUGUGAUUGCCUAUCCCUUGGCCUUCCACACAGUUAACGGUGUCCGCCAUUUGUUGUGGGAUACUGGCCGUUUCUUGAAGAUCAAAGAAGUUUAUUCCACUGGUUAUGCAAUGGUUGGUGUUUCAUUCGCUUUGGCUGCCAUUUUGGCCAUGCUGUAAACGAGCG